CGAUAACUUUGCCAGUCACACUUUACGCGAUGUUUUGUUAUGGUGUAAGAGGUUCUUUAAUAUUGCUUAAUUGCAAUAAAACCGUUUUUGCACCUUUACUUGCGCGAACAUUGUCCACCACAGCGGAUACCAGUGGCAAUAAUGUAGAGGCUAAACUGCCACCUCCUCCAACAGAAGCAGCAAACAGUGAUGGUCAACCAAAAACGCAGCAGCAAAGAUCGCUCCACAUAGCCGUCAUUGGAGUUCCGAAUGUGGGCAAAAGUACCUUCAUCAAUAACAUUGUCAAUCAUAGAGUAUGCCCCACAUCCGCCAAGGUGCACACGACGAGGCAAUCGAACACAGCCAUUUGCACAAUUGGACAGACGCAGCUUGUCUUCUAUGACACGCCCGGCCUGGUGACACAGCGCGAGAUCCGCAAGCACCACUUGGACAAGAGCUUCAAGAGCGCCUAUCGUCAUGCCAUUCAGCACUCGGACGUUGUGGCCGUGAUACAGGAUGCCUCGAAUAGUUGGACGCGUAAAGAACUUCAUCCCACUGUGCUAGAUACGCUGAAGGCUUAUGCUAAGCUGCCAAGUUUUUUGAUACUUAACAAGAUAGAUGCCUUGAAGUCGAAACGUGUGCUGCUCGACUUGAUUAAGACGCUAACAAAUGAUACGUUGCAAGGAAGAAGAGCAGGAAAAAAAUCAACACCACGGGAGCCACAAACAGUGGUCGUAGAUUGUACACCUUUAAGUGAGCGUGAGACUAGUUGGAGCCACUUUAGCGAUGUAUUUCUGGUAUCUGCACUGACGGGCAGUGGGUUGCAGGAGUUGCAGGAUCAUUUCAUUAGCGCAGCUAAGCCAAGACGCUGGGAAUAUCCCGCCGAUGUUUAUACGGAUGCGUCUCCAGAGACGCUAAUUGUUGAAAGUGUUCGUGCCCGCUUGCUGGACUAUCUGCCGCAGGAAAUACCCUACAAUCUGGAGUGCAUGAUCGAGUACUAUAAUGUGGAGAAGCAUGUCGUUUACACCUCGGUGCUGGUCAAGUGCCCUACGCCGCGUAUUGAGCGCUUGAUUUGUGGGGAAUCCAAUGGCAAGCUUCGCCAGAUAACUGAGCGUGUUACGUCGGAUUUGGUGGAAAUGUUUGGUCAGGCGGUUUCCUUAACCAUUUCCACGAUGUCGGGCGGCAAGAGAACAACAGCUUGAGCAAACUAAAAGUCAAGUUUGGUUUGGUUGUUUAUAUUAAAUACAAUAUUGUUUAAA